CGAUACGAUCUUUUGACUGUAGUUUUCAGUGAGUAAUCAAGAUCUUAUUAUAUUAGGUGGAAGGUCGUUUGCGAGCCAAGUAAUGCUCUCACGUGCAUGCCACGUGACCUCGACUAAUAAAUAAUGCUCACGCGCAUGUCGUGUCAACAGCACCCGCUCGCGUGCGCAUAAGAACACCCAAGGGAGAUUCCAGGAACCGCAUUUCCGUUCCGUUCUGCUUGCCGCUCCGUUCCCUUACCGACAGCACGACCGCGGGAAGAAGGAAAACAGAGGAAGAGCUACGGGAGCGGGAGAGAGAGAGAGAGAGAGAGAGAGAGGAAAAUUGAAAAAGAGGAAAGAAGGAAUGGCGGACGCUUCGUUCUGCCCGGACUGCAAGCGGAGCACGGAGGUGGUGUUGGACCACUCGGCGGGGGACAUGGUGUGCUUGGAGUGCGGGCUGGUGCUGGAGGCCCACUCCAUCGACGAGACCUCCGAGUGGCGGACCUUCGCCAACGAAUCCUCUGAAAACGACCCAGUCCGUGUCGGCGGUCCAUCCAACCCGCUCCUCACCGACGGCGGCCUCUCCACUGUCAUCGCCAAGCCCAACGGCGCCCAGGGCGACUUCCUCUCCUCCUCCCUCGGCCGCUGGCAGACCCGCGGCUCCAACCCCGACCGCUCCCUCAUCCUUGCCUUCCGCACCAUCGCCAAUAUGGCCGACAGGUUGGGUCUUGUCGCCACUAUCAAGGAUAGAGCCAAUGAGAUAUAUAAGAAAGUGGAAGAUCUGAAGUCCAUUAGAGGACGAAAUCAAGAUGCAAUUUUGGCUGCUUGUCUAUAUAUUGCUUGUCGCCAAGAGGACAGGCCUCGAACUGUAAAGGAAAUCUGUUCUGUUGCCAAUGGAGCUACGAAGAAGGAAAUUGGUCGGGCAAAAGAGUACAUUGUAAAGCAGCUUGAAGUUGAGAUGGGUCAAUCGAUGGAAAUGGGUACGAUCCAUGCUGGGGAUUUCCUGCGGCGUUUUUGUUCACAUCUUGGCAUGUCAAAUCAAGCAGUCAAGGCUGCUCAGGAAGCAGUCCAGAAGUCAGAAGAGCUUGAUAUAAGGAGGAGUCCUAUAUCAAUCGCAGCAGCUGUCAUUUACAUGAUAACUCAGCUAUCAGAGGAGAAGAAACCUCUAAGAGAUAUCUCUUUGGCCACGGGAGUGGCAGAAGGCACUAUAAGGAAUUCAUACAAAGAUCUUUAUCCCUAUGCUUCAAGGAUCAUUCCAGCCUCAUUUGCCAAGGAGGAAGACCUCAAGAAUCUCUGCAGCCCAUAGUUCAUAAUUAACCAGUUGCAGUUGAGCUACUUGAAAAAUUCAGGACCGGCAGGUAGCAUGGUGUGACUGAUGCAUGCCAUUUGUUAUUGGCACAAGAAUGUUCACAUUCUUCGACAUGAACUUUUGAAAGGACUCCAGAAACGAACCUGAAGUAGUUUUCUUUUUUUUUUCCCCCUCUCAACAUAUGUAUUUCUGAACGACUGUGUGGUGAUGAGCAAACACAUUAUAAACUAACCUAACCUUAUGGCUGAGACAAACAUAAAUACUAGUCCGCGUAGGCCUCUGGCACUAGGCUAGGAUAUAUGAUAACUAUACAACCUGUGCUUUUAAUAGCGUUUGCCAUGUAAUUAAGCUUGAGUCCUUGUUUAUUGUACACGUGUUUGACGACUUUCUGUAUCUGACUGUAAAAUUCUUGAAGAGUAUUCAACAGAUCAGAUGUCAUGUUCUAUUACAA